GUAAACCGUUAAUGCAUUUGAAUAAGAAACAAAUAUACAUCCGUAAACCAUUCAAAGUGAAUCACGUAUCGAAAUAUUGGGAGGUGAAUCGGAUCUAUUUUACAAUGAUAAACAUUUAGAAUAUUAAGUUAAAGUUGUCGAUUUAUUAUUCCUUCUUUAAAAUGGACAAUGCAGGAUACAAAGAAGAGCCUUAUGACGAGAAUGAACUUCGGAAGCGACCUAUAAAUGGAAAUGUAGAUAGAAGCGUCAAUGAUGGGGGUGUGGUGAUAGAAAAUACAGUAACUCUUAAGAAAACUGUUGGUCUUAUAAGUGGAACAUCUUUCAUCGUAGGAACUGUCAUAGGGUCCGGUAUUUUUAUCUCUCCAAAGGGUGUUCUAACAGAGACUGGCUCCGUCGGACUAAGUUUGAUAGUAUGGGGUUUAGGGGGUAUGCUUUCCCUACUUGGAUCAUUGUCAUAUGCAGAACUAGGAUGCAUUAUAAGGAAGUCUGGAGGAGAAUACGCCUACAUAGGAGCGGCUAUGGGACGUGUGCUAGCUUUUCUUUUUGCCUGGACUAAAAUCAUAGUGUUAACACCAUCGAGUGUGGCUAUCAUUACAUUGACGUUUGCCCAAUAUUUCAUUACAUUUUUCCCAUACUGUGGAAUACCGCAAGUGCCGCUUAAGAUUAUAGCCGCAACCAUAAUAGUGACGCUGACCAUCAUCAACUGUUAUGAUACAAGAGCAGGCGCCAGCGUACAAGUUAUCUUCACAGCUGCUAAGCUUAUUGCCCUAGUGAUCAUUGUAAUAGGAGGACUGGUUAAACUAGGACAAGGACAUACAGCUACAAUGAAGACAGGGUUUGAUGGAACUGUCGGGUCGGCGUCCGGUGUUGCUUUGGCAUUUUAUGAUGCAUUAUGGGCUUACGAUGGUUGGAAUAAUUUGAAUUACAUCACAGAGGAACUCAAGAAUCCAUAUGUAAAUCUACCCCGAGCUAACAUCGUUGGUGUACUGUUAGUGACCGUUCUCUAUGUUUUAGCCAAUAUUUCAUAUCUGGUUGUGUUGGGAACAGAUGGUUUGUUGGAAUCUGAUGCUGUUGCCGUGACAUGGGGAGAGGAAGUACUUGGAUCUGCUGGUAUAAUAAUGCCAAUAUUUGUUUUGUGUUCAACAUUUGGUGCUGCAAAUGGAUCCUUAUUUUCAGGGGUCAGAACACUAUACUCUGCUGCAAGAGAUGAACAAUUUCCAGAAAUAUUGUCAUAUGUAAACUGUCGAAGGUAUACACCAAUCCCAUGUCUUAUAUUUACAGCAACCUUAUCGUUAUUAAUGUUGAUUCCCGGUGAUAUUGGGCAAUUGAUUGACUUCUUUAGUUUUGCUGCAUGGUUGUUUUAUGCACUGGCCAUCGUUAGUUUGUUUAUUUUACGAUGGAAAAUGAAGGAUGCUCAUAGACCAAUAAAAGUGUUUUUAUUGCUGCCAAUGAUAUUUUUGGCCUGUUCUAUUUACCUUGUCAUUGCACCAAUAAUUCAAGAUCCAAGAAUUGAAUUCCUUUAUGCUGCUAUCUUUAUGGUCGGUGGUCUAGUGUUUUAUAUUCCAUUAGUUCAUUUCCAACUUAUGACAGGGCGAUUUGAUACAGUGACUCGGUUUUUACAGAAACUUAUGGAAGUUGCGCCAAGUCCGUAUGUUCCAGACUUUGACUGAAAAUAGAAAAAAACAGACUACAAGAAAACAAACAGUGGUUGAAUCAUAUGCUACUAUAUAUAGUCGUUCCUUUUAUGAAAAUCAUACCAAAGUGAACAAAAUAAAGUAUCUUAUUGUCAUUGAUUUGAGAAGAUGCAUAUUCUUACACGCCAUAAAAUGUAAAUAUUGUCUUGUCAGGUGCAGUAUAAUACUUUGUUAUUAUCGAACAAUUAUUAUACCUCCGCUUUCAAAAAAGGGGGGUAUACUGUUCUACCUCUGUCUGUCAGUCCGUCCGUCAGUCAGUCCGUCCCAUGAAUAUUUUUCGUCGCAUUUUUCUCAGGAACUACAAUACAAGGAUUUCUGAAAUUUGGUUUCAGGGUUUAUCUAAGUCAGCUAUACCGUGUGAUGCGUUUCCAGAUUGAUCACUUGACAACUUCCUGUUUACCGAACACUUGUAUGAUUUUACACAUGAUAGCCAAGUUGAAAAUUUUCGUCACAUUUUUCUCAGGAACUACAAUACAAGGAUUUCUGAAAUUUGGUUUCAGGAUUUAUAUAAGUCAGCUAUACCGUGUGAUGCGUUUUCAGAUUCAUCACUCGACAACUUCCUGUUUACCGAACACUUGCAUAUUUUUACACUAUUUAUAUUAUCCACUUGCGGCGGGGGUAUCAUCAGUGAGCAGUAGCUCGCAGUUUCACUUGUUAUUAUUGCAUUAUCUUAAACGGAUUAGUUAUUUGAUUUUGAAUUCAAUUAUUAUAGCUUUCUACAUUUCGUUUUAUUGUUUGAUCUUCUUGUUUAUCUUUUGAAUUGUAAUCGUAUUUUAUAAGCAGAGUCCCUCAUUAUCUUUAUUAGAAAUGUUUCUUUUUCAAAAGAAUUUUAAAAUGUUACUAAAUAGAUAAGUUCGCUUUAUAAAGUUGCGUUCGAAAUGCAGUGCUUUUCUGAAAUGAGUUAAUAAAACAGUACAUUUGAAUAUUAAGUAUUUGCUGUAAACACUAUUUUGUACAUGUAUAUUGAUAAAGUCUGAUGAACAUUGUUGAACUCUGUUGUAGAGAUACAUAUACAUGUAUACAACAAAUAAAGACAGAUCAAAAUGAGUAUUUUAUUGAUGUUUUUGAACUUCAGCAAU